AUGACCUGGGAUCGCGUCAUCCAGGACUCGGACGAUGAGGACGAGGGUAUCGUGGAGGACGACAUUCCGGCCUCCGUUGAUCUACCCCGAGGAGCGCAACCGUCCCCAUUCUCGCAACAGUACCAGCUCGACCAACCCUCUGUCCCACAGUAUCACGCUUCAGAUACGCAUCAGUCCACUCGAAAUGUAAUCACUGGCCCUGAUCUGGGCGUAAACUUCGAUAAUUUCCUGCAAUCCCAGGAAACGGUGCGGCAGUCCGCAUCGCAGCAGCGUCGCGAAGAGAGAUGGAUUCCGUCAACCAGUGAAGGUGAGGGUGGAGGAUCAAUUGGUGCCAUGAUGACAGAAAUCGGGCUCGCUCAGCAAAGGCUUCUUGACGACGACACUUCCAGCGCGGGUCAGCAUCUACCCUCCACCGCCACGCUUCACUCUAUGGGACUCACUCAAGCCGAAUCGCUCCCUACUGUGCUAAUUGACCUGUCCGACCGGCUGGGCGAAGAGGAAAGUGGUAGUUUCGUCUAUACUCGACCUCUAAACGACAUCAUGCACAGCGACACCCAAAAUCUACAACCCACCAGCGGAACCGCUUAUGACUACAUGUCCCCCGCGACCUCGAACUACAUUAGCUCGUCCGCCAAGGAGCCGGCUCAUCAAUUGAGCGAAGAUCUGAACUCUGCGGUAAACGCCAGCGCACAGUCGCGUCCUUCGCAGAAGAGUUCGCAUCGCUCGAAGUCUCUGCAGACGAUGUCAUACUCUCCCCAUGACACAGAACCACUGUCAUCGAAUGUGUCUCCGCGGAUCAGCAGAACCAAGAGUGACACUUUCGGCGCUGGUCUGGUUUCGCCGCAGAAGUCUCAGCACGAUGAACUUUCACUGCCUGCGGUUAGGGUCGAGGUCCCGGUUUCGAAAAAGACGCGUGGGCGGCGUUCAAAGAAACAGGCCGUGCCUGAGGAUGACGAGGAUGAUGAGCUGGCGAACUCGCGGGACCAUGAGUUUGCGGCUCAUGUUCCUGUUGAGAAUGAUACAGUCGCUUUAUCAGAAAGCAAGAGCGUGCAAUCCUUGGACGGUAUCUCAAAAUCGUCUGAGGCGGUGUCGGACAAGGGUGUCGUUCUGAACUCUUCGAAGCCCACCAAAGGGACGAAGAAAAAGAAGGUAAAGAGAGGGAAAACGACCUCGGAGGUGGUGACGAAGACCUACAAUCCCGAUGUCGAAGAAGACGUGUUAUGGGUUGAGUCACGGCCAGUGCAUCUGGAAGGUAUCGACCGGAAGCCUUUCGCCCAAAAUUCCCCAGCCAGCGGAGAGGAGUUCACCACAGAAGCCCAGGAAAAGCCGGUUCCGAAGAAACGAGGUCGAAAGCGCAAGAAGACUUCCGAAGAAUCCACAAGCGAGCCCGUGCAGCAGAUCAACGCCGGAAGUACUGAGUCCAACGCAGAGCAAGCAUCACUUGACAAUGCCAGCCUCGUGGUCGAGGCUACUACUACAUCGCAGUUCGUGUCAGAAGCAGCCAGUCUGGAGACCUCGGAACAACCCGACGCACCCCCCACUCCUAGACACCUAGACGAGCCUCUCCCACCAACGGAGGAGAAGGAAGCACCUCAAACCCCCAAGAAACCACAACCCACGGACACAGAGACACCCCAAGAUUCUACCAACGAGACAGUGUCGAUGAUGUGUUCCAGCAGGGGACCAAAGCAGCACAGUCCCAUUGCAUCGACGAGCAAAGUCCCUUUCCGGGUGGGCUUGAGUCGUCGGGCGAGGAUUGCGCCGUUGCUGAAGAUUGUUCGGAAGUAG